CUUUCUCUCCAGACUACCCGGGAACACUCCCUGCUAUGGCUCUUCCACGCGUAUUGUCGGUCAUCGGUGCAGGCCAAAUGGGAAUUGGCAUUGCCCUUGUCGCUUCCUUGCGCGCCAAGAUCCCCACAGUCCUCCUUUACGACCGGGAUCCGUCGCAAAUCACUAAGGGUCUCGAGUUCAUGGACAAACUCCUUGCCAAAGACGUGUCGAAAGGUAAAACCAAUGAGGAUGACGCGAAGGCUGCUAGAGGAAGAAUUAUAUCUAUCACCUCAUCGUCAGCUUCGUCUUCAACUUCCAACAAUGAUGAAUUCGGCUGGGCGCGGGAGCUGGGCGAGCGUGGGUCGGAUAUGGCCGUUGAAGCUGCUUCGGAGAGGCUGUCAAUUAAGGAAGGGAUAUUCCGUACUUUGGCGAAAAAUUUGUCCAGGGACGCGGUGUUAGCGAGUAAUACGAGCAGUAUCUCUAUCACGAAGUUAGCUGGAGCCGCGGUGGAGGGUUUGGGUAGCACUAUCAGCAAGGCAAGUGAAGAAGGAAAGAGCUGUGCGGGACGUGUAGUCGGUGUGCACUUCUUUAAUCCAGUACCGGUGAUGAAAUUAUGCGAAGUAAUACCCGGGCUGCAGACUUCAGAAGUAACACUUGAGCGGGCAAAGGCGUUCGCAGUCGCCUGUGGCAAGGAGGUGUCCACAUCGAAGGAUGUUCCCGGAUUCGUUUCGAACGCGUUACUCAUGCCAUUCCUCAAUGAGGCCAUUAUGUGUUUAGAAUCGGGGACCGCAACACGAGACGACAUCGACAAAACCCUCCGUUUAGGUAUGGGCCAUCCCAUGGGACCAUUACAACUAGGUGACAUAUUCAUUGGCCUCGAUACUUGUUUAGCUAUUCAAGAAACACUUUAUGAAGGUACACGAGACUCAAAGUAUCGCCCGAGUGUCUUGUUGGGACGGAUGGUCGAUGCUGGAUGGUUAGGGAAGAAGAGUGGUAAGGGAUUUUAUGAGUAUUGAAUAGCCCAGUACGAUUACAUUCAAGAAUUUAAAGGAGUUGUGGAAUUUAUAUCCUUUGCAUAAAUAUUGGUACUCCGAAUCCAAUGUGGUGUAGUGGCUAACAUUGCUGUCUUUCAUGUCGUUUCUUGGUUGUUACACAGCAGCCCGGGGUUCGAUUCCCCGCAUUGGAAUGUUCUCCGGCCAGAGGUU